AUGAAUGGUCGAAUGAUGCAGAUUAGUGGAGACCUUCCAGAUGAUCGCACUUUGGUGGAGAACGCAGCUGCUACAGAUCAAUUUCUUACUGCGUUGAGCGUGAGAAGCCAAAUGGAAUCGCUGCGUAUCGGCGGCCAGAUACCGGGAUCAGUUUUGGGAGCCCCUCCGCCUUACCAAAAGGCUAAAGUUUUCACAGAGAAUGCAGAGUACAUUCUGACCACGACGGACAAUUCAUUUGGCGAGUCAGGAUCGUCGACCACUUCUAAAAUGAUCAACACUGAGGCAGAGUACGAAAAUCGCUUCCACAAGUCAAUAGCGAGCGACGAUUACGAAUUCGUGAGUUUUUUAUAUUGUGACCUCUUGCUAAUAUUUGAAAUUAUUUCCAACAGUUACUUCUGGUUCUUCUUGUCCGAUCUUGUCUCUUUCGCUUUGCAAAAAGUCUUACAAAACACGUUUAGCUAA